UCAGCUGUGCGUCAGUCUGUGGCUCCAUCACCGAGGACGACAGGGGACGAAAUCUCCCUCUGUCCUCUUGUACUCCAGGUAACAGGAGGCUCGCAUGAGAUUUUUUGGACAGGUGAGUGUGUGGCUGUUAUCAGGUGACACACUGACGUACGCUUGUGUGUGUGUAUGUGAGUGGGGCUUUCCUCAGCAGCGCGGAGCCAUGGCGACAGCUACUCAAGCAGAAACAUUAACCUUCUUCAUGGUCGGUUUAAUUUGAGUUUAACCAACAAUCAGAAGCCGUGAGCUAGUUAACCAGAGAGCAAUGUCAUCCUCCAGCUCGUCAACUGUCAACGGACAUUCCUGAGGCAAGUUUUGAAUAUGUUCCACCAGAUGGAGUGGGAUUCAUCAGAUGCCAUUCUGGGAGCAUCAAUGGAUGACUCCCCUCAAUUACCCGAUUCUUCACAGUUGAAGUCCUCAACCACCAACAACAUUUCAGAGCAUGAAUUCUCGUGUCACUGUUGCUACGACAUCUUGGUGAACCCCACCACUUUGACCUGCGGCCAUAACUUCUGCCGCCACUGUCUGGCUCUGUGGUGGGAGUCCUCACACAAGAACGAGUGCCCAGAGUGCAGAGAGAAGUGGGAGGGCUUUCCUAAAAUCAACAUACUGCUGAGGGAUGCUACUGACAAGCUGUUCAGUGACGUCGUUCAGCGGAGGAGAGCAGAGAUCCAGGCAAACCCCAAAAUCUCCCGGAGCUUGCUGGCCUUCCAGAGAUAUGGGGACAACUUGGGCAGAUCCAGGACAAACCAGCACAAAGGAGCAGGCUUCUUCUUCUCUGGCGUCCUAACUGCCCUCACGUGUGUGGCUGUGAUGGUGAUGGUGUAUCACUGGAGCAGUGGUGUGGUGGAGCAGCAUGACCUGCUGAUCAGUAAACCAGUGUCUCACUGGACGCCAGAGGAAGUGGUGUCCUGGCUGGAACAUCUGGGGCCCUGGGCUCAGCUUUACAGAGAAUCCUUCCAACAGGAAAACGUCAACGGAAGGCUACUGUUGAUGCUGGGGGAUGAGGAGUUGUUAAAGCCUCCUUACAGCAUAGAGAAUCAGGCUCACCGACGGGCUGUUCUGGCUGAACUGGACAGAGUUAAAGCUCUGGGGGUCAAACCUCCACAGAACCUCUGGGAAUACAAAGCCGCUAAUGCUGGGAAGUCCUUGUUUUUGCUGUACGCACUGAAGCGCUCCCCUCGUCUCACACUCUUCUAUUUGUAUUUAUUUGACUACUCUGAGACCUUCCUGCCCUUCCUGCACACCUGCUGUCCGGGCAUCACACACGUCGAACAGUCAGUGGAGAGCAGCUUCCUCAACACACAGGUGGAUCCCAGCUGGCGACAGUGGGCAGAGUUUCUUGUGAAGUACCUCCUGCUUCCAUACCAGCUAAUAGCAGAGUUUGCUUGGGACUGGUUGGCCGUCCACUACUGGACAUCUCGCUUCAUUAUUGUCAACGCCAUGCUGCUGUCUGUGCUGGAAGGCUGCGCCCUGUGGAGACUCUGGACAAGAGCCAGGAUCAGGACUCUACCGCGCAAGAUGUGGAACCACUUGUGGAAGAUGUUAUCUCAGGGGUUUGCCUUUGCCCUCCUGUGGCCUUUUGUUCCUCAGUUUGUGUGCAACUGCUUCUUCUACUGGGCUCUCUACUUCAGUCCCAUCGUUAAUAUAGACCUGGUGGUGCAGCAGCUAAUGCACCCAGAAACACAGGCACUGUAACAAAGCGCAUGUAGUCAGUGCCCAAUUAAUGCCAUACAGUUCACAGCAAGUAAAGUAAAUAGCCAAAAGUCCAGUUGCUGAAGAGAAGUGUGUAUAUUCAGCAUUAAACUCACUUGAGACUGGCUUUGUUUGCUGUUGGAAAGGAAGUUUUCUCACUUCCUGUCUUGUCUCUCUGCUGGAUGCUUGCCAUGUGGAAUAAGAGAGGCUGUGAGCUAUUGUAGGAGAAGUAAAACCAACAAGAUAAGAAGCAGUGAAAUAUCUGUGAUCUUAUUGAUUCGGAGAGGUUACUGCAGCGAUCUCUCUUUGCGUGCGCAGUGCAUUCACAAACCACAUUGCCUAAAUGGUCCAGAGGGCAGUUAUGCAAAUAAUGUCAUGUUCAAACAUUUGGUGGCAUGAAGACUGGCUUCAUGAGGAGUUUCCUGACAGCUGGUAGCUCUGUAGCACCGGGAUCGCCAUAGUCCAGUAAAAGAUGAACUUCUUUUUUUUUUAAUGCAUAUACAGAGGUGACAGUGGAACAGAACAAGAAUAAUGUAAUUUUUCUUUAACUCCCAUUUUCAAAUGUGUUUUUUUGGUUUGUCAAUCACUAAAAUGAAGAACGGUUGUUUUAGAAGUAUCAGUUUGAAUGAAGCAGUAUUACAAGUGUAUAUAAAUCCUUAUUCUAUAUAAAUUUCAGUGCGGCCUUUGGGUCUUCAAUAUGUCUCUGGCCAUGACUAUGAUCUCAGUGCUACAGAGCUAUCUGAAAAUUCAUUCUACAAGAUUUGGUAAUAUGAUUGUGAAAUCUGUCAAGUGACUUGCUGGGGUUCAUAGUUCUGCAGCCUUUUAGGAACCUCAAGCUUUACCAUUGAUUCAAGGGGACAGAAGAAAUGCAGUCAAGGCGAACAAAUGUUCAACACUGAAGUUUGUUCCAGCAGUUUCAGUCGUUCCUUUCACAUGAUUUGUUGCACUUAGAUUUGAAAUAAAACUUUUGUUCUCAAAAUUUUCUGAGAUGCCAAAACGGCUCUUUUCAAAUUUUUAUGAUUUUAAGGAGAAACUGUUUGUAGCAGAUUUUAUUUGCUUGUACUGCUGACAAAAAUUGUGUUGCACAUUUUUUUUUAUUGUUCAAAAAAAGUUUGUUUGCAGUAUACAUUUCCAUGUGGUGGGUGGGUAGAGCUAAUCAAAGACAUGUUUUUUUACAUUGUUCAUUUGCACUUAAAAGUUCUACACUGUGAUUUUGUUCUUCAAUGUUCUCUAAUGACAAAGGAAAAAUAAAGAUUUUUAAAUAAUGUUA